UUUUGUGUCUUUUUUUAUAUCUUUCAAUCAUGCCUCUGGGUAAAAAGAGAAGGAGACUGUGGACUACGAUCAAGUGGAAUUUACACAUCUUUGCACCAGUUGUGGAACACAAGAUAAUCCGAAUCCAAAUGAAAACGGAAGAACCGUGUUAUUUGCCGGGUGACAUUUCUAUUAUCAAAACUCGAUGUAAUAUGGACGACGAUGGUCUUUUAGACAAAUGUACAAGGUUUGACUGUGUCUAUUGUCGCUCCUCAUUAUCAGAGCACGCAGAUCAAUUCAAUUUGGAGAUCCACUUUUUACAUGUUAAAAACCUGUUUGCAAGUCCAUGGUGCCUGAAGCAUAGCUGGAAUAUGAUCUGACAUAAGAUCGAACGUAAUCCUACAGACACAAGCUUGGGCACCGAGUUUGAGCAUGUGUAUCACAAGCACGAAUAUGGCACUUUAUUUAUCAUCAAAAUAAAAUUUAUCAGCACUAGCUGGCUCAC